AUGGAAGACGAGCUACAACUCCUUUUGGCUAAACUUUCAGACCAUGAAAAGGAGCUAUUAAGGACAUACUUCCUCAACCAAAAUGUCCAUAGUAAAGUUAGGUCCCAAUUCACAAAAGAAGAAGACGCAAAGUUAAUUCAAUUAGUUCAGAAAUACACAGCCAACAACUUUAAUGCCAUUGCGAAAGAGCUUCCAGGUAGAUCCGUUAGACAAUGCAGAGAACGCUGGAAACAUUAUCUCAGCCCAUCAGUGAGAAAUACCCCUUGGACAGAAGAUGAAGAUAAUCUUCUAAGGAUGAAAUAUUAUGAAUUGGGACCAAAGUGGGUUGAAAUUUCCUCUUAUUUCCAAAACAGGACAGACGUAAAUAUUAAAAAUAGAUGGAUUGUGCUGAUGCGCAAGGAUUCAAAGAACAUACUUUCAGUAUCUCAUGCUAAGCGCUCACCACCCACAGUAGUUGGUGAAAUUCAUCACGGCAUUGCUUUUGAUUCAAUUGAUUUUACAUAUGAUAACUCACAAAUGUCUUUCGAUUCUAAUUUUGAACCGCAACAACUAUCAAUUGAGGAAAAUUUCUUAUAA